AUGGUCGUAGAUCAAAUAAGUAGAUCACCAGAUUUAAGUAUUGUUUUUACUAGUGGAGAAAGUAAUGGUACUACUGGACAAACAACAUUCAAUAAAUUACUCAUUAAUGAAAAUCAUGUCAAAAUUCCAUUUAAAUGUAAUGAUUAUCAAAAAUCGAAAAAAACGAAAUCAUUGAACCUUUACAGACCACGUACUUUGGUUUUAGUUUUUAUUCUUCAUUAA